AAACCUCUCAAUAACGAUUUACAUGUGGAAGAAUUAUAGCGCGCUUUAUUGCUCACCGUUUCAGAGUAACAUGGCUCGUUUAUUGGCAGUUGCAAUGACCGCUCUUGUUAUCUCCUGGGUUCAUGGACGAACCGCAUAUAUUCCAGCCAAACGACUUGCCAACACGGUAUUUGAUGCAAACAAGAACGACCGCAGCGAUGCACUGGUGGGAGACAAAGACCCAUUCUGGGCUCGCAGUGAGGGGGAUGAGCUGGAAUACGAUGGAAAUUACGACAGCUCAGUGGAAGAAAAUAAAAGUCCCUUUCAACGUAACUACAGGGUCCCUUACGAAAACGCUGAUGAAGACGUUAUCCCCAGGAGCACCGACAGACACGAAAACAACGAUGGAAUUUUUGAGAUGCGUUUAAGGUCGGCCAGUCAUGAAGGAAUGAACGAUACUCCUUUCAAGCGUGCCCGCAUUCCCGUUCCCUGCUCGAUGUGCUGUAAAAUUCGCAGGUGUAUUGCUACCUAUGAUUACAUGUGUAACUGUAAGAAGUGAAGGAUGCAGUAUGGAGCCAGCAGGCAUAAUGUAGUUGUUAGCAAUAGGUUGAAAAAGUCACUGAAACGAGCACAAUUCUGUUUUAAGUAUCUUAAAAGUAGUCAUAGGAAAAUGAUACGUUUUUUUUUUCUUGUUGGGCCAUAUAAAAAGAAGGGAUGAAAGAGAUAAUAAAAUGAA